AUGUAUCUUCCAGAAAGACGCCUCUUCAGUCGACCAACCCUUGUGAUCUGUCUGGUUUUCUUUAGCCUUCUGUCUGUCUCCACAUUUUUGCACCUGCAGAAAAACAAUUAUUACCCAUGGUGGAGGAUCAGUAUAAAAAACACAUCUACCCUCCCAGACCAUGAACACUUGGAUAGAGGGAUGUGGACAGUGAACUCUAUUGGGCGUUUGGGAAACCAGAUGGGAGAAUAUGCCACCCUCUAUGCCUUAGCCAAGGUCAGUGGGCAUCAAGCCUACAUCCUUCCAGCCAUGCACCAGUAUCUGGCAACAAUAUUUAAGAUCAGUUUGCCUGUGAUCCCUUCUAGACUAGUUGACCAAAUCCCCUGGAAAAUCUACCAACUCCAUAACUGGAUGUCAGAGGAAUAUCGUCACAUCCAGGGCAAGUAUGUGUGGCUAACAGGUUACCCUUAUUCUUACACUUUUUAUCACCACAUCCACCAGGAGAUACUUCAGGAGUUCACUUUCCAUGACUACGUCAAGGAGGACACCAACCAAUAUCUUCUGCAGCUGCGGGGGCAGCGCAAGGAGGUCACAUACAUUGGAGUGCAUGUCCGGAGAGGGGAUUAUGUGUAUCUAAUGCCCUAUUUUUUAAAAGGUGUAGUGGCUGACAAAGGUUAUCUGGAGAAAGCCAUGAAUUACUUCAGAGAGAAAUACCAUGAUGCCAUCUUUGUGGUGGUCAGCAAUGGGAUGGAUUGGUGCAAGCAGAACAUUGAUGCAUCCAGGGGUGAUGUUUAUUUUGCUGGUGAUGGGCGGGAAUCAUCUCCAGGGAGGGACUUUGCUCUCAUUGCUCAUUGCAACCACACAAUAAUGACCAUUGGAUCAUAUGGCAUGUGGGCCAGCUACCUGGCUGGUGGGGAGACUAUUUACUUGGCCAACUAUACCCUCCCAGGCUCGUUUCACCUCAAGGUAUUCAAGCCAUCUGCAGUCUUCUUGCCUGAAUGGAUUGGGAUCCCAGCUGACCUUUCUCCUCUACUACCCAAGUCAUAACUUAGGUGCAGCUUCAUACUUUACUAGCUAAUAGUGGAAACAUCUGUAAGUCUAGGAAUUGACCCCACCAGGCAUGUAUGUCAGACAAGAGUGUUUUCUACAUGGUCACUUUAC